CUUUCCCAGCAGCGGGCGGCCUAGGGAUUAACAGUCCGGGUCCAUCUGAAUAACAUGGCAGAAGGCGGCUUUGACCCCUGUGAAUGUAUUUGCUCGCAUGAGCAUGCCAUGAGGAGGCUGAUCAAUCUGUUACGACAGUCCCAGUCCUACUGCACAGAUACAGAAUGCCUUCAGGAAUUGCCAGGACCAAAUCCAUCUGCUGAUAAUGACAUCAGUGUUACAAUGAUAAUGGUGGGCUGGCUGGUUCUGGCACUAGUCUUAUUCUUGAUGAGACCUACCAGCUUAAGGAGAUCUAUUGCUGCUGAAAAGCCGUCUAGCCCACAUAACGGACAAGAACCACCAGCUCCACCCGUGGACUGAAGUUUACUGGAAAAGCUCAACAACUUUAACCUUCAGUGACCAAAAGAAAGAAAAUGACCACAAUAUUCCUAAUCACUGUACAAUAUGGUUCUGUUCUGUACAUGUAACAUCCAUUUGCUUUUUCUAUUUCUUAAAUGACAUUUAAAUAAAUUAACAUGAUGUGGUGGGAAAUAACAGCAUUUCAAUGACGACUGUUGAACCUAUGUCCACUGCAAUAUUUAAAGGAAAAAGUUAAAUUUAUAUAUUGAUAAUCCGUUGAUCUUUUUUUAUACUAGUAGGGGGGGUUUUUUUGGUCCAGAGAGUGGACGUUGCAACAGUGGCACAAGCCACCAGUAAAUUUCUCUCUGAUCCUUGUGUACCCAUUUUUUGGGAAAGUUCCAUAAAAGUUUCCAGUGUGUCCAUUCUCAAAAGUUCAUAUAAAACAGCCUUCUCCAACCUAGUGCCUUUCACGUAUGCUGCAUGUUACCUCUCAUAAUUCCUAGCUAGCAAAAUCAGCAAUCUGGAUGACAUCAAACUGGGAAGGGUGAUGUACAAGAAUCCUAGUCGUACUUUCUCAGUGAGACAUUUUAUCUUUUUCUGUCUACCAAAAUUGUUUUCUUGCAUAUUAGAAUUCGUCUUCUAUUAGUCCGCACUAUGUUCUUGUCUGCUAUAAACACCAAAUUAAUUAUAUAUAUAUAUUGAAAGGAAGCAAAAUAAUUAGAAUGAUGUUAACAAAUAAAGCCUGAAUAAUUCAUUGUUACGUUGUAAACUAGCACUACCCUUAUUCAGUGAUUUUCCUGGGAUUUGGGCCCGGGAUAUCUAUUUGGAAUUAGCCUCAAUUUGAAAGAAAUUGAAAGGUGGCAUGCACAUUGAUGCAUUUAUAGGAUUGCCUCCUUCCCUGCAAGUGUUUAAAAGCUUUUAUAGUAGAAAGUAAACUCUGGAUUACAUUAGGUUAAUACUUUUUACAUUUUAUUCAAACGCUAAGAAAAAUAACUGAGCGGACAGAGUAAUUUCUUCUGUUUCAAAACUGACACAACCAAAUGCUUCUCUGCAUGUGGCCAUAGCACAAUCCCAGAUUGCACUCCUGAAAUGUGGUGACAAAACUGCAAAUUUUGGGUGAUACACCACUUAGAGUUAAGAAGUAAAAGUGGCAUGUUAAGCUUCUGUGAAGCUCAACACAUUGAUUUUGUCCCUUCCCUAAAAAUGAGCUAAAUGUUUCGGCCAUAUCCAUUCCGAUGAUCUUGCUGCAUUGCUGGCCAUUUUGUUUGUGGCUCUUGGAAAGCUGAUCAGAUACCAGAGAUAACUUAGGUCCUCUGGCUGUAAAAAGAUGACCCACCCUCGCAGCAUGGUAAAUUAUGAAAUUAAAUGACCACUGCUACAACCUUAAGAUCCGUACCAGUUUUUAAAAUCAAGGACUGAAUUAUUCCAUUCUGAGUAUUGAAAAGAAAUUACAGCGUCCCUGGGAUGUGCGUGUAGGCUAAGGUGCUUGUGCAAGUGAUAUUUUGGUACUUUUCUGAUAUUUUCCAGGUCUGUGCAUUAGUGUAGUGCAGAGAAAUAGCAUGCUGUCUUUUUAUGAAUGGAAAUCAACAGCGUAUCUGCCGAUUGCCAUAUGUUCCCACAAAAGGGCAUACGUUAAGGUUUGCCUUAGUGACUGCCAUUUUUAAUUAAAAAUUAUGUUCUGUGCAUUAUCAGUCACUUCAUAGGUUUCCCUAAAAUACACGAAGCAAACAUUUAACCCCCAUUUGUGAGAACACAUGGGAUUUUGUGGGGGGGGGGGAUGAGUAUUUUUUGCAUGCCCCAAAUAGAGGGUAUUUCCCACUAUUCUGCAUCGUGAAGCAGCAGAUCAACAUGAAUAACAGUCUAGAUGUACAGAAUCAUGUACAGAAUCAUGUUUCUGAGCCAUUUAAAAUGUUUCAUGCUUAGUUAUUCAACUGGGGUGCCAGCCAGUUAGAAAACCCCCUCUUCCCACAGUGUUCAAAAUCACAGUGUUCUCAUUUGUAAUCUAAGUUGAUUCAAACCACAAUUCUGUUACUUCAGAACACAUGAUGUGUAAAAUGGCUUGAGGGAUGUAACUGCUGGGCUCCUUUGAACUGACUGUUCAGUGAGAUAAUGGGCCUGCCAGUAGUGGAAUUUGAAGCUUCAGUUUACAUUCUUGUGCAUAAUGUUAGCCUUCCUGCUGUAUUUUUUCCUUGAAUUACUGGCAAGGGCAAUACAGGAUUGUUUGAAUGACUUGACUUUUUGCGUGAAUAUACUUCCAGGGUAAGUUUUGAAAAAGUUUUAUGUUUUAAGCAAUUUCAGAAUCUUCAUGCAGGCAAAUUCUGUGCUUUAGUCUGCUGUUCUGUUCAGCGAGACUAACUGCUGAGUAAACAUGCAUAACAUUGCAUCCUUAAUACUACAAGGAAUUUUGCCUGUUUUUCUUGACUAUUUUCAAGAACACACAAAAAUUUUCUCCAACCUGCCAAAUUCAUUUAAUAAGCCUACAGUGCUUUUUAUUUAUUUAUUUAUUUUGGCCUUAAGGUGUAAGGACAAGAACAUUCUUUCAUGUAUUCAUUGGAGAAGCCCUGACACUUUGAUCUCUUUUGUUGGGUCCAGGUGGUGCAGGAGUUUAAGGGGUUGGACUAGGAGCUGGGCAUCACAGCUUCUUGUUCAUCCUUAGCCACAGAAGUUCACUGGUGACUUUGGACCAUUCUCUCAGCUCAACCUAUUCCACUAAGUGGUGGUUUUAAAAAAACUGGAAGAGAUAGACCUCUGUAUGUUGCCUUUAAUUCUUGGAGGAAAGCCAUGAUAUAAAUCUAACGAAUAUAACGAGGUGGUUGAAGGUAACUUCCCAGUUCCACUUUAUUCCAUUCCCUUGACAAAAAUAUGGAAACCUGCUGAAGGUAGGGGGCUGUUGAGAUCUGCCCCCUCCAAACUGGAAGAUGGUAACUUGCAGGCAGGAGAUCUAUUUGUAGAAAUUGGCUACAUGGGUUAUUUUGAAUGGUGACUCCUGUGAGUCUAAAAUCCAACUCGUCGUGGAUCUGAAGGAUGGAAAAUCUAUUUCAACCAAUCCUGUAACUAAACCUAAUUCAUUAAUCUGUUAUAUAUUUGUACAAGGAUUAAAGACAUAUGCUUAAAAAGUUUCUCAGUUCGUACACAACUGAGCCAGCUUGGUGACAGGCCCAUCCAUUAUACCUGCAUUUGGUCAAUUUAUUUCAAUGAAUGAAUGUACUGUUUGUAUUAUCUUUAACCUGGGAGCAGCCUGGUCUGUCCCAACAUUUGCCCAUCAAAUACUGUUUUUCAGAUUUCAGAAAUCCAUUCUGAAUCUUCUGCCAUGGAAUAGCAUUAAAGGAUUCUGGGAACCGUUCUAAGGAUUACAAUACUGUCGCUGGGAAUUUCAUAAAGUAGCAUUUGAGAACCUUUCUACAACUUUCCAGAAAAAAACGGUGGCUGGGUUGCCUUUCGGGCAAGUUUAUUCAUCUUUAUCAACCUUGUAAAAUACACCCUUCUAGGGAGCAGAAUAGUUUUAAGAAUGGGAAGCAGUGAUGGGUUUUCGGACUGAAUGGCCGUGGUCUAGUUUUAUUUUAUUCUCAAAGUUAGACCACGGCCAUUCAGCCUGAAAACUCAUUGCUGCUUCACUGAUUCCACAUAUGAAAGUCUGUACCAGUAUAUAGUUGUAAGAAUAGUUUAUAAGACUAUUGGUAUAAAAUUUUGGAUAGAGAGAGACUGGAAAAGCAAGAUGUACAUUAGUAUACAGAUGGUUCAUUAGCAACUAUAGGCCGGCAAGAUGCCCCAACUGCAGUCUCCUUCUGAAGCUGGGAGCAACUGGAAGACAGUUCCCCACUGUAGGAAACACCAGCACCGCCUUACGAAACUAGGCUCUCACACAGCUACAAUAUAAUCUGCUUUGCAUUAAAGGUUCGGUACAGGACAAGGUAAAUUUACAGCAUAUACGUUAGUUUAUAAUCACCUAAUAUUCUUUCUGCUCUAAAUGAGCAAGCUAGACAUGUGGAAGAUCUAUGAUCGCUAUUUUCAAAACUUAAAAAAGAUUUACUUUUAAAUAAAUAAAUAAAGCCUUUUAAAAAGUUAGUUACAGGAUAAUGAUAGAAUUAGCAGAGUGGUGACAUUUAGAAACCAUUCCUCCCACUAAGCUGCUUCAAAAAAAGGUGGUGGUGGGGUUUAAUUGUGAAAAUACCAUGCAGAAAAUAAGGCUUAGAAAUUUUUUUACUGACACUGCAGCUUGUAUGAAAUGCCAGCCGCCAACUCCAACUGAAUUUUUUAAAAAAGAGAUCUUAAAUCAUAGCUUUUCUACUUAGUGAACUUCUGCAGCAUUUAAUAUUUAGGUGUCAGAAUCAAUAUUUCACAUUCAUAUAUAGACUGUCAACAGCUCAUUCUGCCUUAGUUUAGGAUAAUUCCCUUGGGCAAAAAGAUUUGUAAUACUGUGAUGGAUUUUAGUGGCUUAAAUUAUUUGAAUCAUGCCAAACACAAUGAUCUGUGCCAUGUAAUAAUCCUUUACUACAAUAUUUGCUUUGAAAUAAAGGGCUUGUUCUAUGCACUUUUUAUCUAUCAAUAAAGAGAACCACUAAUAAACUUCUGAAAGUCUGGAUUUUAUAUUUCCUG